AUCCAUGGAGCCAAUCAAAAACUUCUACGAAUCUGAUAGCGACGAAUCGUCCACCCUUUCCCUCCGCGACCUUCCACUCCACAGCAAUGGCGAAGCCUCCCAAACCCACAGACCCUUCUCCCCUUCACCUGACCUUUUCGAUUUCUCCUUCCCCCUUCCGCCAGCCACUAAGGAAAGCAACACCUCCAUGUCCGAUGUCUUCCUCCAUGGACAGCUCCUUCCCAAAAACUCCGCUACAACGCCAAAGCUCCCACCUUUCGUCCACCGUCGAGCAGAUUCUUUAGACGGGAACGACGGUGAAGCGCAUGCUGUCGAUUACCCGCCGCUGAGGAGGGCUUGUUCAGACCCGAGGCCGCCUGCAGGGAGGUGGAAAAAGGGGCAUUUUUUUGCGCUCGUGCCGGUGAAGUUUCCGGCGGAGAUGGAGAUGAGGGAUAUGAGGACCAGGCAGAGGCGGCAGGGGCCACCGGAGUUGGUUGAGUGCUGUGGCCGGAGGAGUUGCUGGAGUAUUCUCCGAGCGAUGAGUUGCAAGGCAGCGGAGAGUACCACCGUUGCGCCACUCGUCGCCGCCGGGCGAGCUCCGGGAGCUUCUACUUGCAGGGGCAUUUUCAGAAGCUGUCCUUGCAUACCACAACAAUAAGGCGUUCAUUUGGAUCGAAAAUGGAACAUACAGCGAGUACUAAAGGUCCAUUAAGAUCGUCGUCACAUCGAAAGGCCAACAAGCAGUGAAAAGAUUCGUGAUAGAUUAGUCAAGGAGAUAUUUGUAAUUGAAGAUCACGAGAAAUUAUUUUGUAA